GGAAGGCAGGACAAAACAACCCCACACCAAACUUGAUGACUUUCACCUUCCACUUGCACAUGCCCCUCAGCUCUCUAACCCUCCUCGGGCAGGCGGGAUCCAUCUUUUCCACAUGACUCGGGUCGUCUCAAUAACAGCAGCUCAAGUUGACAACUUCUUCACCGCAAGCUUAACGUGUCAAUACAUAUUGUGAACGAACCAUCCUUAAAGUUUGCGGCGUCACCGGCGAAUCCUUGUGCGCAAACGUUGAGAAAAGCAAAUAAACGGACUUCUUUCGAUCGUUGCUUUUGCGCUCGGCCUCUUUCUGACGCUACCUACAGACACGCGGGCCAUCGGCUUUCGGCUGCCAAUACUCACCCCUGACGUGACAAUUCAACUACGGGGUACUGAUACUACUACAUCCUCAACUACACACAGACAGUAUCAUAUUGCGAAAGCAACACCGGCCUCGAUUCAGCCGCAAUAACCCGUUCAGCAAAUCUCUUCCAACCCACCUCUACGAUGGCUUCUCACGCUAGCACUCCACACAUCACCAUUUUGGGCUCCCUCAACAUGGAUCUCGUUUCCUAUGUCCCACAUCAUCCCCUUCCUGGUGAAACCCUCACCUCAAACCAUUUCAAUACUUCGCCAGGCGGUAAGGGCGCUAAUCAAGCUGUUGCUUGUGGCAAGCUCUCUCGAGACUCGGACCUGUCCAAUCCUUCGGCUGUCGUCUCUAUGGUGGGUGCUGUUGGCGCCGAUCCUUAUGGCACCCUCCUGCUUGAUAGCCUGCGCUCCUUUGGCGUUGCUGUCGAUUCUGUAGCCAUCCGCCAAGACCAGAAGUCUGGCCUAGCUAUCAUCAUUGUGGAUGAGCCCUCUGGCCAGAACCGCAUUAUCUUGUCUCCUGAAGCCAAUCACUCUCUUCAGCCUGCUGAGUUUGAGACCCUUCCUGGCCCCCGUCCUGACCUUCUGAUCAUGCAGCUCGAAAUUCCUUUCGAUACUGUCAUGCAGGCUUUGAAAGCUGCCAAAAGGGAUGGUGUUCCUGUCCUUCUCAAUCCAGCACCGGCUCAGCCCUUACCUAUGGAUGCCUACGAUGGGCUGGCCCAUCUCGUUGUUAAUGAGACCGAGGCCGCCAUUCUUGCAGACUGUGCUGAGUCUGAGCUUGAUGACCUUCAAGGCUUGGACCGCAUUGGCCGUGUCUUCAUUGAUCGCGGAGUCCACAAUGUCAUCAUCACCCUCGGAGGUCGUGGUGUCUAUUUCGUCAAUAAACAAGGCCAGAGCGCAUUGCUUCCGGCAACUAAGACGAACGUAGUGGACACCACAGCCGCGGGUGAUACUUUUGUUGGUUCUUACGCCCUGGCCGUUGUAGCCGCCAAAGACGGCCAAUUUAAUAUCGAAGCAGCUGUCGCGGUAGCCAAUCGAGCUGCUGCCUUGACCGUUGCGCGAAAGGGUGCUCAGAUCUCUAUCCCCUGGAAAGACGAACUUUAGACAAGGUAGCAAUACCGCCUUCUUCGUAGACAAUCCAACAAAAAGCAUUCGAAUCUCACUACGUGUACGGUUUCUCCAUUUUGUCUACUACCUGGGUCAGUCUAGAACCAUGACGCCCAUCCCCAUUUGCUUGCAUCCUUUUUCCCUCUGCUGCGCGCUGGCGAUGCUCCUCGGGGCUCCUCCACUUCCCGCUCCCUUGUCGUUAUUGACAAGCCCGCCAUCAAAGGUAAUAAGCCCCUGAGGGUGUCGGCGCCGAGCGACCGCCUCUUCCACAACGUGCUGCUGUCAGAUUUGCCAGAAAGGGUUCUUCGGCCUUGAGUAGCAGGAAUACCAGUUCCAUCUCGGCUGUGCUCUUCUUCCGGUCGUGUAUGGGCCGAAUUGUUCACCCCCGCGCCCCUAAAGGUUCUCGGCCCUGGGAGACCUUCACGACUCUGCCUCGACAAGUAGCUUGAUGCAUAGCUGCCACAUCUGGAUGACCCUUGUCUUAAUCUCUGACGAGGUUGGGAGUGCUUUCCUCUAUCAUCGAGAUCGACUUCAGUGCAGUCUCGUUGAAGGCUUGCCUUUCUGGGAGGAAUCCGAGGCGUAGGGCUAUGAUUCCAAGUGGGCUUUCCAUGUGUUCUAUAGCCUGUCUUUUCUGAAUUCUUCUGUUGCAAACAGUAUGUUUGCUCUGAAUCCUUGGGGUCGUAUUUUGCUGCAGCAAUUUGUGCCAUUACCUUCCUGGCGCUCAUGGUCCCCCAGUGUCUCUCUACCAGUGGCAAUAGUGGGUUGGAUCUUAAAACCGGAGCAGGAGACCAAAGCGACAUGGCAUUGUGGAGUUUCACGGAGGCUGUGGCUACAGUCUCAAUCUUGCUGUGCAUGCUGAACAUGUCGUCCUCCACAAUUCCCGUAUCUUGACACAUGGGAAACGCCGAAUCUCGAUAUGACAGCCGCACGGUCAUGUAGCUCACGGUAGAGUCACCUAACUCCUCCUUAAGCGCUUCUAUCAGGUUGUCCGAUUCUAACCGUGAACACUUCUGUCUGCAUUGCCGCAUACCCUUUGAGACACGGACCUGCACUUGAGCUAGAAGAAAGAUGCUUGAUCCGGGGUUCAAGCGGUGACUAUUCCCGUGAAUCAGUGGCUGUUCCUGGAGAAUACGGACAACCGAAGAUUUUUCCGUUGGCAGAAUUUGGACGUCCAAAUCGUUGAGACCACCAUCAUCGCCAAUAUCCCCAGCUAUGUAUGCCGUCAGUCUUGUUUGUUCAAGAAAGUGCCCUUUAUGCGUACUCUCUUGGCCACAUUGCGUGAAGCCAGCAAGAUCCGUGAACAGAUCUGGCCGCUCCUAAUGGGCCCCUGGUUGGCUUUUCACUGAACUCUCCGGCCAGCGUCUGACAGAGACCUCGAUAGCCACCCAAAAUCUAUGGCAACCUUCUUCGAUAGUCGUGGCCUCGGGUGUGAUGGUAAUCUGUGGUGUUGGCCAACGUUCUAACCUUGGCCUGGGCAGUGUCUUGAAGAACUCGGUCAGUGCCAUAGGUGGACUUCCUCUGAAUAGUGGCGACUCCUCUUCUCGGCUUGCUGCAUGAGGCACCAGCGGUAACUGUGCAUUAGACAUAAAAGCCCUGUCAUAUAUAUUGGUCAGAGGAGGGCGGACCUUGACUGGACGCCGUAGAUCAUACACCCCAGGCAGUUCACUCGAUAUCGGGGCGGAGAACGAGUGGCCUUGCCCCGAUAGGUCCCCGGGCUCUGGGCGCGUCUGUCUCGUUUUCCUGACUGAUAGCUGGGGCGAGGGCGUGGCCCCCAAGCGUAGGGGUGGACUAUCCUCAUUCUGCACCUAGCAUUUGGCUUCCCGCAAGGUUGAGCUUCCUUGUUCUCCCAUACCUGGGUCAUCAUGUGGCCAUCCUAAGUUUUCUUUAUCUGCAUUUGCUUGUCCUGGGUUGAUCUUGCGCCUCUUGGCCACUGUGAGAGACCCAUCCCCCUGAAUUGACCGCCUGUGUUUAGAGCUACCUUGGUUAGAAUGGUUUGCCGUAUUCAUGUUCUCGUCAGCUUUCACAAUUCUCAAAGGACUCGGCUUUUCGCAGGCAAAGCUAGGAUCCGAGGCGCAAAUGCCCCAGUAGGGAGGAUCUUGGUAACUUUGGUUCGACAUCAUGAUGUAUACUGUGGUGACUUAUGAGACUGGUCCUUCUCGAUAAUGUUUAUCUCUGAAAUGGAAUCGGUAAACCUUUUAUUUGGGUGUUGCGAGUCUCAUAUAAUGUAUGGUCAACGAUGGUGGCUGUUCCGUUUCGGUCAGGGAACUUGUACGAUGCGGUAGGUAAUGUAAGAUUGCAAGAAUGUUGAGAACGAUCAAAGAUUUGAGAUGCAACAGUAGCAUGCUUUAUGCAUACAAUGAGGAGGAAGACGAUGUUGUUGUUGUGAUGAACAUUCUUGGUUGAGAUUCAACUACUGGAGACGAACGAAGCAUAAAGCAACCUAAGGUAGUUUGGGAAGGUUCUUAGGGGUAUCAGAGUUGCUCUUGCUCUUCGAGCGAACAGAAUAAACCGGAAGAUCAUGCUAUG